CCUUUUUUCGUACAAGGAUAUUUAUAGAGGCAGCUAGGACUAUCCCUCCCAUCUUCAAGUGGAGAGGACAAAAAAAAUCAAUCAAUUGAGGGAGCAAGCACUGUGACAUUGCAAUUUGCAGUGCCAGCUGACAUGACGCCCGGUGGAAAAAGUGUAGACCCACUUUCUUUCAAGUUUCCUCCAAAACGUGGUUCCUUUUCAGCGCAUUAAUGGCCCAUUCAGGGCUAAAGACAUAAGGUUUCUAAAGCAAACACAGUAUAUAGGCAGGGCUGAUGUAGAAAUUUUUGUUGAGGUGCUGAAGCAGAAUAUUAAUUGGCUAUGAUCCCUCGAAAUCUCACUUUCUGAUGUUAAUUUUCUUGAUCUACACAAAUUGAAAUGGCGCUUUCUGUAGAUCGCUAUCGUUGUGGAUUGACUGAAAAGGAUCGUUCUGAAAGAAGCAAGAGAUUUGAAUCAACAGCAGCUGUGAAGUUGCAGAAAGUUUACAGGAGUUAUCGUACCCGUCGCAGGUUAGCAGAUUCUGCUGUGGUUGCUGAAGAGCUCUGGUGGCGAGCUUUAGAUUAUGCAAGGCUCAAUCACAGCACAGUUUCCUUCUUCAGUUUUGAUAAACCUGAAACAGCAGCAUCGCGGUGGAGUAGGAUCAGCUUGAAUGCUUCAAAGGUCGGAAAAGGUUUAGGCAAAGAUGCCAAGGCACAAAAAUUAGCUUUCCAGCAUUGGAUUGAAGCUAUUGAUCCGAGGCAUCGGUAUGGCCAUAAUUUGAAUUUGUACUAUGAAGAGUGGUGUAAAACAGAUGCAUUGCAGCCAUUUUUCUACUGGCUGGAUAUUGGAGAUGGUAAAGAAAUUGAUCUCAAAGACUGUCCAAGAACUAGACUUCGCCAAGAAUGCAUUCAGUAUCUAGGACCCCAAGAGAGAGAACUGUAUGAAUACAUCAUUGCUGAAGGAACAGUGGUGCACAAACAAAAUGGCAAUCUCCUAGAUACAAAUCAAGGAUUGGAAGGUUCAAAAUGGAUAUUCGUGAUGAGCACCUGCAGAAAACUAUAUGCUGGAGAGAAAAAGAAAGGAGCAUUUCAUCACUCGAGCUUCCUUGCUGGAGGGACUACUCUGGCUGCUGGGAGACUAACAGCAGAAAAUGGAAAGCUCAGGUCUAUAUCAGCAUAUAGUGGGCAUUACCGUCCAACUAACCAGAACCUUGGCGGCUUCUUGGCCUUCCUCGAAGAAAAUGGGAUCAACCUCAAUGAAAUUCGGGUACUUACACCAGAAGAUAGUGAAAGCUGUGAAUCAAGGGAAUUGUCUCAAGACAAAAGUAAAUUCGGUUGGUCAAUGGAUUCCAAGCCGUCUAAACUUCAUGCUUCGAGUAAAAUUAACAAUUACCAACCUUCUGAAUCAUCCAUGCCUUCAAAAGCCACAAGAACAUGCAGUUACAAGAGGAUGUUGUCGGCCAAUAUCCAGAACACAAAAGCAAAUGUACCAAAGAAGGAAAUAUUGCAGAGGAUCAAAUCCAAGAACGAAGCUAGCUCAUACCAAUUAGGGCACCAACUGUCUUUGAAAUGGUCAACUGGAGCUGGUCCAAGAAUAGGGUGUGUUGCAGACUACCCUCUGAAACUAAGGGAGCAAGCCCUCACGUUUGUUUACCUCUCACCCAGUGAUGAUCUGCACAAGCCAUCUGCUUCUGAACUUCCAGGUUGUCUCCUCUCUAUAAUAGAUCUUUGUACGAUGAUGUAACAGAGAUUCAUCAACCAUCUUUUCAAAAGCCAGCAUUGCCGAUGACUUCGCUUUCUAUUCCUGUAAUCCCUUUGUUGUUGAAGUUUGAACUGAAGUCAUUGCUGAAUGCUAAUGAGCUAUACCUAAUGCUAUAAUGUCCUCUCUUU